AUGGCAGACAUGCUGGCCGUCAUGCGGGAGGAGUCAUCGCGGAACGCGACGGUCAUCGCUGAACUGCGGGAGAUGCUCAAGGAGUUGCGAGAUGAUAACCGUGAGCUCCGGACCCAGGUUAGCGUCCUCACCCAGCAGCUGGCGACCAUGAAAAAUGAGCAGAACGAGCAACUGGCGCAGACCAUUAAACAAGGUGCUGCAACAAUCAACAACCUGCCUCGCCGCAAAACAACCAGCAGCCAGCAGAAGAAGGAGAAGCCGGCUCCGAAAGAAAAGCCUCAAAGGAGCCAGCAAAUAGAUCCGCAGCAGCAGUCGAAGCCUCGGCGGGAGAACCCGGAUCAGCAGCGGCAGCGGUCAAAGCAGCAGCAGCAUCCGCAUGGGCAGCAGGGUCGGCAGCAGCAGCAGGAGAAGCGGCAGCAGCAGCAGGAAGAUGGGUUUACGAUGGUUGGCAAGAAAGGCCGCCCGGUUGAUAACAAACAAGGGCAUGACCAACACACCAACCAAGAAAAACCCCAGGUCAACAAAGGCAGGAGAAUUGACCAUCAGAGUGCUCCGAAGGAAAAGCAGAGCUUCGCCAGUGUAGUAGAAGUUUGA